AAGUUAUUUUCAUGAAUGGAGGGGGCGGUCACGAGGAAUCGGUGACGUGAGUGCUUGCGGAAGCAGAGCGUGGAAUGUUGGUACAUUGUUGUUGUUUUGUAGUUAAUUUAGUACGAGGAUACACCGCUGCCCGGCCGCUGGACGCUGUUACAGCAACUGUGUCAACUUACAACCGUCGGAUCUAAAAAGGAAAACCUACUCCGCCACUUUUACGCAUUCCGGGUCCAACAGAUAUCGGCGUCCACAGAGUGCGUCUCCUGUGAGGUUCUGGUCAGUUGUCUGCAUGCAGGGAAUGACGACUCAGUUUAAGACGAGCAAAGCUUUAAAGGUCAAGAAGGAGGUGGGCGAGAAUGCCCCGGCGCUCAGCGACGACGAGCUGGUGGCCAUGUCCGUGCGGGAGCUCAACCAGCACCUGCGUGGGCUGACCAAGGAGGACGUCGUGCGGUUGAAGCAGCGGCGGCGGACCCUGAAGAACCGUGGCUACGCCGCCAGCUGUCGCAUCAAGCGGGUCACCCAGAAGGAGGAGCUGGAGAGACAAAAGACAGAGCUGCAGCAGGAGGUGGACAAGCUGGCCCGCGAGAACGCCAGCAUGAGGCUGGAGCUGGACGCCCUGCGAGCCAAGUACGAGGCGCUGCAGUGUUUCGCCCGGACUGUGACCCGAGGGCCCCUCUCGCCGGGCAAAGUGGCCACCACCAGCGUCAUCACCAUCGUCAAGUCGGCCAACCACAACAACUCCAGCCCGACCCCGUUCUCGGCUCCCUCCUAGUGCAGACAGGACUGGGCUCACCUUUCUCCUGCCUGGUCCUUCCUGGUUCUGACCUGGUCACUCAUCCUGUACUGAGAGGAUGCUCAGUAGUUAGACUGAGGGGUGGUUAUGGGGUGGCAAGCUCUGUGUGAUGUUAUGCUGCAGUCACAAUUCUGACUCCCUCCUUCUGUUUCUAUUACACAAUCUACAUUGUCUGUGCACUGUGCAAAAAAAAAAAGGAAAAAAAGAAAAGAAAAAUACAAACCCUCCCUGACCCCCAGCACCGGCAGGGUAUCGGGCCUCUGUGACCCUACCUCCAUGACUGAGAUUUGCUUUUACUCCAGUGUAAAGUAUCUGACAUGCCUUAAAGUGGAAGCACAUGGGUCUAGGACAGCUCUGAUACUUAAAGCUAUAUAUAUAAAAUACAAGAGAUUUAAAUAGCACGUAUAUGACAGCACAACUAAAUCACAUUCUCUCAAAUGUCUCAAUGUAAAUUGAGCUUUUUGUAGCCUUAAAUAGAUCUACAAGUGAUCUAGAUCUCACAUGUGGUUGAAAACAAUGAGGUGGUGUGUUUCCAGCAUUGAGGUCGCCUAUUCAUUGCCACACUUGCAAGUGCUCUCCAACCCUUUGAGGAGCCGCCAAACGCAACACCAGAUGUUUUUACUGAUGAGUUCCUCUUCUCUUUUAGGAGGUGCUAAGCAGUAUGAAAAUCACCUGCUGGGGUUGAAGUGACAUGUUUGGAGAGCGCUGCAUGAUGCAGUUGAUAGUUGACCAAUGUUUAGCUAGCUAGCAUUACACGAUUGUUUCUAUUUCUGUCUUGGUUAUGCAAAGUUUGCAAAACCAUUCUUGCCAAAUAGCUUAUUUAAUCUUCAGGAAGUAAUGCCAGAGAACAGCAGUUAAUACACUCCAGUAAAGGCUUUCAUACAACUGCCGAUUGUGGUCUAAUCCGGGAGUUUUAAAGUAAUACUUCAGUGCUUUCAAGUCUUUGCUGAACUAUAUUGACUCCCCUUGUGAAAUGUUAUCAAAGCCGGCCAUUUGUGCCUCACAUCUACAGGGUGUCUGCGUCAGGUAGAUCAGAGCUCAAAGAGGUUUAUCUGAUGCAUCUUGAAGUUGCUGUCGUACUCGAUUUUUGUUGAGAAGUUGCUGAAUUAGUCCGUGGGGCUGAGAAGUGUUACGUUGUGGAAGACAUUGGGAAGGUGCUGCAUGUGAUUUUGUUGGUAUGUGUGUAGCCUCUUGACUUGAGAAAUUGAUCUCGAGCUUUUGCAUAUGUGUUACAUAGUUGUUUAACAGACUCGGGAAGACAAAAAUGCAAAAUUGGGAAGUGAUUAAUGAGCAUUGUGGGCCGAAGAUUUGACGUCGAUUAGCAUUUCUCAUCAUAUAGCACUUAUAAAGAAACUGUUAAGGUACAGUAUAAAAGAAGACAGUUCACAGGGCUACUUAUUUAUAGAAUUGAAGAUGACAGAAGCUGCAUUUCUGUACUUACUGGGGCUUAGCUGCAUGAUGAUUAAAUGUGGUGUGACCACUUAUUGCAAAGUGAAGCCCAAUGUAACUAAAGCUCUCCGAUAUGUAUUCUGCAGUACUUACUGGGUGAUGUUUUGCCUCUUUCCUUUAUACGCCACUCUUUGGUUGGUAAUCCAUAUUGGAUGUAGUGAUAACGAGAGCGGUCCUUAUAAGUAUGAUGCAAUUCAACCUUACCUCCUGUAUAUUACAGAUUAGAGAUGACGAAAGCUCCCACUGCUUCUGUUGUCACUCACAUCGAGAACUCCGUCCAAAUAGAAAUCAUUCCUACUGCUGGGUCACGAGAAGUGCUGCUGCCGGUGUUGGUUACUUUCUGAAACAGUAGCUAUAAUUUUACCUUGCUUUUGACACACUCUUCUACAAGAGAACUCCUGACGCCCAUCUCUAAGAAACAGUGGUGUCAUGACAAAUCGAUGCAGUAAACACCUUGCUCUUGUACGUUUUUUUUUCUUUUGUAAUAUUUAAAUAUGAAAAAUUCACUUGAAAUCAAACCGCUCUUACCGAGGAUCCAUUCCUAAUUUGGAGUGAAGUCAAUAGAGAUUGUUCAUGUCAGGAUUUUCUCUUGGCUAAGAGGACAUGACAGUUCUUCCCCUGUUCCAUAGCUGCAAAGAACAGUACGGGGAACUUUGCUGCUGUACAACCUGCUGUGAUUUUGAAGCAGGGGCAUUGCUGUGUUCUUACUCUCAUUUUGUAUUUUCACUUGGUUUCUAUGUUGAUACAUCCUAUGUUCUUUUUCUGAUACUUAGUUUUAUAUGCAUAUACAGUAUAUAAAUAUAUAUUUCAUAUUUUUCUAUAUUUAUGUCUUUUACUAUCUUGGGAGUGGUGUGACUAUGUAAUCAGUCUUUGAAGUCGAAUUAUAUUGAUGCUGACGUUGUAUUCACAUUUACAAUGAGACAACUGCUCUCCUAACUUAAGUCUUCUAUGCGAGUAUUUAAAGCCCAGUAGUAGUUCUUCUCAGCACAUUGACUAUUUUUUUAAUACACAAUUUGGACAAUUAUCUGUAAAAGUCAAGAAUUAAACAUGGGGAAAUGACAUUCUAACCACCAGUUUACACUGUUCGUGAAGAGUACAUGUACAUUACUUUAUAAUUAAGUAACUAUACUCAAGUGAGACCUGUAAUGAUAAAGAUAAAGCUGCAAAGCAAUUCACAAAUUCUAAAUAAUUCCUGCACAAAAUUUAUACCAAACAUUUACAAAUCAGUGGUCUUAAAUGCUGAAAAUGACUGUACAUAUUUCAACACCGCACGAGGUUAAAACGGCCUAAAAUCAACCAAAUGUUCAGUUGUUGGUUUUUUUUUAGGCUGCAUUAGUUGAAGACUUAAUAAAACAGACAGUUUUAAAUUAAGAUGACGGUAAUGCUUUUUGUAACUGUAAAGAAACCUUACCUGAGAAUAAUUCCAAAGCUGUUUCCGAUUAUUCACACAGACCUCUUACAGUUAAGGUCUGUUUUAAGCCUGAGUAUGAGUACGCAUGUGUUUACAGGAGUCAUUUUUCAGCGCAGUUAAUAGACAAUACGCCGAAAAGCAUUUUCUGCAAGGCAUUACAGUGACCUCUUGUGGUAAGGUUUCAAAACUAAAUGAUGUUCGAUGAGGCCUUGUUUAAUUGUAGCACUUAUUAAUGCAUUUGAGUCUGUGGGGCUUUUUGUCAUGAGCACACCUAAAUGGAAAAUAAAAGAGAAGAAAUGUUGACGUAUAUAUUUCUAUUCUGUGCCAAAUAAAAGACAAACCUUUCUCUGGGUGAAUGAAGUACUCUGGUGUUAAUCUUGCGUUCAGUGUGACCCAACAGGGGUCCAUUCAUGCUCUAAAACACAUGUUGCUCUUAAGCUAGCCAAACAUCCUAAGCUACAUUUUCUGUUAGCCACAUUAAAAAAAACGGACUUGCAAAAGAGAUUUUAAAUAAUUCCAAGAAAAGUUAGACAUAAAUGUAGGGUUUUAGAAAAAAAAGAGGGAUAAACAUUACCUGCCACGGAUGCUGGUGUGAACAGCUUUCUUCUAGCUGUGAAGAGAAGGCGGUUAUUCGACGUUUUCACAUGAACAGUAACAAUGCAAAUGUAUUUAGAGAAGUGAGCUUGCUUGUGUAUCUUGACUAUUCAAGGUUGUUAAUUUAAAAAUUCUUUGAUUCAAUAAGCUUUUACAUACAAGCUUUGCCAGUCCUACAAGCUACAGUAUUUACCUUCAGCUAUGUAAGGAAGUCAGUUUUAGUAUUGUAGAAGGAAUGGAGCAUGUACACAGAUUUAUGUGGUUAUGGGUGAAAUAAUGGAUACAAUGCAUUGAAUGUUAGUUUAACAGCAACAGUUUCUAUGUUAAGGUUGUGCAUAGGAGAUAGAUUUUUGUUUUUGUUGUGGUCUCAUGGCGACAUGUUGAGGCCUAAUAAGUGACUGUUGAUAGCAACUUUAAAAGAAGACAGUUACAAGGCAGCAAAAACCGAGUAUGUACCCGUCACAAUUUGUCAUUACUCUGCUCAUUUAUUUUUUUGAUAUUUAUUUCAUUGAUUUGUGUAAUUUUAUUAAAAAACAACACCUAAAUUAUUUUUAUUUUACAGUCAUGUAUUUACAUGUUUUCUCAAUGAACUACCCUCAUGUACAAAUAAAAUCUGUAUUUGUUUCUGCUCUGA